UUAUAUUUUUAUAUUUACAACAACAAACGAACAAAUCUCCAAAACGCAUAAAACAUUCACAUCUUUCCUGCCGCCCGUUCUCUCUCUCAGUUUCUUUGUUUUGUUUGUGUUUUAAGGAAGAAACACUUCUUCCUUUCUACUUUUCUAGGUGAGAAAAGGCAGAAGAAUUGGUUACGUCUAUUGCAUUGGAAAGGAUAGAAGCAUCGGGGUUUGGGCGGCGCGUUAUGAACUGCUUGUGUGAUACUUCCAGAUUUGAAUCCACGACGGUGAAGGAAAGGAAAGAGGUAGUGGAGGAGGAAGACGAUUGGAGGAGUUCAUCGUCUACUACGACGUCGUCUUCUAUAGGUGGGAAUAGUGAUGACGCGUCUAGAAGAUCCUCGGAAGGUGGAGAUUGCGACGAAAAUGAGGUUCAAAGCCCCUAUAAAGGUGGUUUAGACACGAUGGAUUCGCUUCAACAAGUUUUGCCUAUGAGGAGAGGAAUCUCAAAUUUCUACAAUGGCAAAUCAAAAUCUUUCACAAGUUUAGCUGAUGCUUCCUCAACUUCUUCGAUUAAAGACAUAGCAAAACCUGAAAACGCUUAUACCACGAGAAGGAGAAAUCUAUUGGCAAUCAACCAUGUAUGGGACAAGAACAGGAAUAAAAGACCCAUCAGCUCAAGCAGAAGCACAUUGGCUCUCGCUGUUGCCAUGAGUAGCUGCGAAAGUGUCUCUAGCACGACGAGUGAGGACUCUAGUUUAACUUCAAGCCCAUGGCUUCCUCCAUUGCACCCACAAACCAGAACAUCUUUCAAUUAUAGUACCCCAUCGUCGCCGCCUUCAAUCGGCAGGAAUUUCUCUAGCUGGCGGUCCUCGUUCGCUGAUGUACGGGAAUAUAAUAGCACUGUUACAGGAGGCACAAAUCCACAUUGCUCUUUAAUUCAUGAUAGAGCUGGCUCUAAGAAAGAGACCUGAUAAUAAUUUGUUACAGCUUUUUUCAGAGUUUGGUCAUAUUCGAGGGUGAUUAGGCUAGCAUAUGCAUCUUAUCGGCCUCCUUGGUCGUGUCCAAAGGGAAACAUUUCCCCAAGUUUUCGACAAUUUUUAGUUUUUUUUUUUUUUUUUUCUGCCUAAUGCAGGUCCAUGAUCUGCUAAGUGCUAAUUUCAUUUUAAUAAUACCAGAUAGUGACUCGUUCAUAGCAA